ACCCAAACACUUCGAACAAAUUGAAGAAAUUCUUGGGGGAAACAACCAUUCGUAUAGGCCACCCUACAUAAGUGACUCUUUCAACAAAAACCGACAAAAUCCAACGAAAUUCACAGACACCAUGAAAGAAAUUGCCAAUCAGAAGACAAAAGAAACACCCAAGGAAUCAUCAGUCAAAAACAAACAGAAGGAAACUGACAGUCAGAAUAAAAGAGACCUAAACAAAGAAUCAACUGAUGAAGAUGAAUCGAGAACAUCAAAAGUUGGAGAUGAAAAUAUGGAUCGUGGUGGGAAAGGCAAUGAAAUAUAUGGAAAAAGAUGUUCAAACAACGACGAAGAUGAAAUCCCAGUUGAUAACAUAUUUUUGGAUGAAUUGGACGGAGAAGAUGCAUCAUCUCUAUCUCUUAAAUUAAUAAAACUCUUAAAAGAAUUUUGUCACAUAUGUCUACUUUGUUUACUUUACGAAAAACAACAAAAUAAAUAAAAAAAAGCGUCUGCAAAACAAGGAGGGACAAUGGGCGGGAACAGAA